ACGGACAAUUACGAAGGCACGACAACUUUGAAUUUUUCUCUCAGCCUCUCAUUGUCUCACUCUCAUCUCUGUGAGCCCUUGAUAUGGUGCCGCCUGCAUCGCCUUUCUUCCAUCGAUACCAUCAGUGAAAGCUAAAUCUCAAUUUAUCAAUUCACGAUUACUUCAUUCUCAAAAUAUACCUCAAUGUCUUCUCUCGUCCCUAUCUGUUGCCACUGCUACGGAGGCUCACAAGUUGUGAAGAAAUCAAGUUCAUUUCUUUCCCUACUUAAAUGCCCCAUGGUAGGCACGUUCUACAAAAGUCGUGCACCUGGUGAACCACCAUUCGUGAAGGUAAUUGAUAUAAAUUUGAUGAUGGAAAAAGGAAAAAAAAUGAAGGUAGGAACGGAUUUGUAUUUGAACGGUAGAUGUGUCUAUCAAUUUUUUGUAUACAACACAUGCUCAAAAGAAAUUAUCUUGUUAUUGGCUUUACCCUUGUUUAGACUAUUUCAAUGCUUUAUUUCUUCUUUCACAAUUCAAGGCUUCACAUCUCUCUGCAUUCGCAUCGUUACAUGGUUAUAUAAUCAUAAACUACAACCCUAUAUCAAUUGAUACCCUGAGUAGCUGCAUUUGAAUGGUCAUUUUAUUCCAGCAUCAUAAUUUAUUCCAUAUAUCAGCUGCUAGAUGACACUAUAUCAGUGUUGACACUGUGAAUUCUCUGUCUAAUCAUCAUUGGUUGAUGGCAUAAGUGAUAUACUAUUUUAAUCUCUCUUCACUUUAAGUGUGUCCUGAUGUUUCUUACACCUGUUUACAACCUUUGUUUUUUAUUGAACCAUAGAGCAAGCAGAGUUAAAAGUGUGGUAUUAAGGAAUAAGAUGGUAUGUCUUGUAUUUAAGGGGGGUUGCAGCAUGCCUUUUACUCCCAGGGA